CCAAAACUACGCUUCCCCGGCUGAUCUACCCCUACCCCCACAGGCUGGGACAGCUUCGUCCCCGCCAUCCCCCUCCUGAGCCAAUUAAGUGUUCACUGAGCACGCGUGACUGGCUGGCUGGAGAGCCUGAGCCUGAGGUGGGACCGGGAACCAGGGACGGUAGAGCGGGGCCGCGCCCCUCCCCUUGUGCAGUUCGCGGACGAGCAGCCGAGGGCUGUACCUCUUGUCCUGGACGUCGUACCAAGCUAGGGGAGCGGCGCCCUCUGCCGGCGAGUAGCCGGCGGAAGUGCAGGACCGGAAGUUGCGUAAUCCGCGGGCGCCCAUACGGAGCGUCGUGCGAGGCCUGUGUGGAGCCCAAAGGGAUUAGCAUGGCUUCCAGCGGGGUUGCCGUGAGCACUGCGGGCUCGACAAAUGAAGCUCCUGAAAUUCCGGACAACGUGGGAGAUUGGCUUCGGGGCGUCUAUCGAUUUGCCACCGAUAGGAAUGAUUUCCGGAGGAACUUGAUCCUUAAUUUGGGACUCUUUGCUGCGGGAGUUUGGCUGGCCAGGAACUUGAGCGACAUUGACCUUAUGGCACCUCAGCCAGGGGUGUAGCCAAGUAGUGCCACCCGUUGUCCUGUCAUCUGAUUGCAGACAAAUGGAAUCCUGUGCUGCACCCGAACCUUCCAAAAACAAGAGCCUACAAUCUGAUCACCACAAGAUACGUCCUGAUGGCAGCUGAAAUGUGAUUCAGAUGGGCACCUUCCCAUUCCCUGCUUGGUUUCCUUUUGUUCCCGAGUCCACUCAGAACUCCAUUCUCUGGUCAGCAGUCAGGCUUCAGCUAAAGCAUUGCCUCUGCUCUGUAAAGUUCUGUACAUAGUUCCUAAGUUUCUGUAGAGAGUGAUCUUUGCUCCUGUCCUGAGGAAUAACAAUGGUGUUUUAACAAAUAUUUGAAAUAAACACUGUACACAAAGACA